CAUACAGCCAGACUGGCAAAAAAUUAAGGAGUUUCAAAAAGAUUUCAAGGACUUCUAUUUGAUGUUCACGUUAUUAAUGGUGGUACUGUUAGGCAGAUUUAUCUUGUGGUUUUUUACUUUGUCAGAUUUCAGGGCAGACUUGCCCAUUGAACCAUUUUCAAUAAAUUCUUUAAUGCAAUGUUUACACAUUGUUUUGUGUUUAUUUUUAAGGUCAACCAGCUAACAGAGAAUAGCAAAGAGCUACAUGAGAAGUGUCAACUUUUUUGUAAAGAUGAACCUUUAAUUACCACAGACACUUCAUUUGGAGCAAAACAAGAAAGACUAUUUAAAAAAUACAAGCCCUCUGUGUUCGCUAUAUAUGUUACAUAUUAACAAAAAAUUAUAAUGGACAAAUGUGCUUUAUAUUUAUACAUAAUUUUUUUUUUAGGAAUUAACACAAGUAUCAGCAAUUGCAUGUACAUUAACAUUAACUUAACAGAUGAUAAAAAACAGGUAUGUUGAAGGGAACUCAUUAUUAUGAUCAUAUUAAUAAAUUAUUAAUAACAAUGAUUAAACACAACGCUUGACAGAUAUCUCUGUUGCCUUACAAAAACUACCAGGGUAUUUCAUCAAACAUAUUAAUGUCAACUCUUACUAAAUACUUGAAAGCUCUUUGUUCAAACAGUCACAGUGGAAAAACAAUAUGAAAUGAAAAAUGAAAUCUGAUUCCUUUCAACACAGAGAAUAAAGGCAAACCUGUUCACAAGUAAUGUAUGCAAUAGCUUAAAUGAUUUUAACAUACAAAUGUACAUACAAAUGUACAUGUAUACAAACGAGAAUACAAAAGUUUCAAAGAGGGCAAAAGGGAGCUAGCAAAAAGGGCAGGGUACUUCACCCUAUAACUAUUAACUACCGUAAUGGAAUAUGUUUUAAUAUUAAAAGAGAUCUAAAAUGAUAAUCUUAAUCAAAACAAAUUGAUUCCUUUAAAAAAUGGGAUCAUCGGCUAGAAAACCUGACACUGAACUAACUAGGACAAACCAAUCAAGAAAAAAGAAACAAACAAUCAAGAAAAAUGGGCGACGUGGAAUUCUUCAAAAGGACAAAUAUGGAGAUGUGUUUUACUAUGACACUGAAAAAGACUGGUUUUACUAUCUGGAUCAAAAUAAUGUUCGGUACUACAAGGAUGAAGAUGGCGAAACUUUUUAUCUGGAUGAACAGGAGAGGCCAUAUCACCUCACAUCUGAUGGAGAAAAAGUUUACAUGGACAAUAAAGGAAUCGCACAACUAGAAACUCCUGGGACAGAUAAUAAAGAUGGAGUUGACCUUAACGCACUAAGUGAAAAUGACAAAACAAGUGAAAAUAUGCCACCUUCAACAGCCAGUACAGCCAUUUCCUUUAACAUAAAACCCAAAUUAGAGACACCAGUGCUCUUUAAUGGAGUUCAAAUCACAAGGAACAUGCCAUCUUUAGACAGCGUACCAAGCAUUGAAAUACUUGACCAUCGUAAUCGAUGGAGUACCACUGAGUCUGGGAACAGCGACGUGUUUGAUGUUGGAACAAUGUCAACCUAUUCCAGUCUGUCAUUUGUUAGUUCCAACUUUAACAGGGAAGCCCUGAUUACACCAAACUACAUCAACGAUGAGUCGGAGGAGGUUGAGAUACAAAGGGUAGCUCAAAAUGAGGCUGAGAACCGAAUUCUUCAUAAACUUCUGGACCAGGAACGAAACAAGCCACAACUUCCUCCCGCGAAAAGCUACCGCAAAGUUGGAAUGUUUUCCGUAAAAAUCGACAGUGAUAAGAAUGACUGCAUCAUAAGUGGAUCAGCAUUUUUGCCGGACGGACAGCUGGUUAUGUCUGACUAUAAAAACAAGAAGUUGAAACUGUUUAAUCGAGAGUUGCAGUGUGUAAAUGCAGCUGAAGUGGGUUUUAGUCCGAUUAAACUUUGCUCAGGAAAGAAAGACAAUUUAAUACAUGUGGCUUUUAAGAGUCCAUCUACUUAUGGUAUAAAAAUAUUCAAAGUAGAAAAGAAUGAAUUCCAAAACACUAUCACAACAACUACACCUUGGCCUAUAGGAGGACUAGGGAGAAGUAGUAAUGGCCUUGCAGUAAUGCAGUCGAAAUCUGAAGCUUGGUUUGUCCAUUUACUGAACUUGAAAGGCAAACUUCUCAGAGAAAUUGACCUUCGAAAAGAAGGCUACAAACUGUCCAAUUCUGAAUAUCUUGUCAUCACUGAAGACCUGGAUAUUGUAGUUACAGACAGGGGCCAUAACUCUGUCAUAUCUUUUAACCAUAUUGGGGAAGAAGUGUUCACAUAUACGCAACUCCGAGAGCCUAUGGGCUUGUGUACUGAUGGCAAAGGUUCUAUUUUUGUAACAAGUCCUGGAAUUGUUCACCAGAUUUCAAAAUCCGGGGAGAGAAUUCAAUCCCUCAUGGCAAGGGAUACCAUUGGAUUAACUCCGGUGAACAUAUGCUAUGAUACUGAAGACAACCUGAUGGUGUUCGCAGGAAAUGCCAACACUAUGUCUGCAUUUGAAGUGACAGAUUCUCAAUAAAAACUUGUUUUCUAAAUAAAUUGAUGACAUUUAUGUUCUGAUCAGUAAAAUGAAAGUACAUUUCCCACCUGGAUUUGGUGGCCACCUGUCUUAAGAAGUCAAUUUUGCCUUUUCCCACAGGUGGCCACUUUACAGGUUUGAUUGUGUGUGAUUUUAUUUCAUAUGCUUUUUAUACUUUAAAAUAAAUGCCAGAAUUAAUUUUCAAGUAGCCCGAGUUUCAACUUUAAGGCAGUUAUAGUUCAUGUAUCACAAAUUACUAUUGCUGUUUCUCAAGUAGCAAUAAAUUGUUUUAUUUGUACUACAUGUACUAUAACAUUAUGUGGAAAUGUAUUGGUUGAACCAAUGGGAUGACAUUAUUAUUCAAAUAUGUGACAUUUGAAUUCCUACCUGAAUGCUAGUGGUUUUUAAAUUCAGCUAAAUGAACAAAGAAGAAAAUAUGUCAAAAACUAAACCAGUUAAAAUGACAAAACAUAAACUAUGGUACAUUUAUAGGUUUAAGGUUAUUUAACAUUGUUCUGUACAAUACGAAUAUAUAUAUAUAUAUUUGGACGAGUUCAUAGC